AUGGCGAUUCUUUACACACAGAUAGUGAAGCUCCCCGACCACAGGAUACUGUCAGGCGAGUAUUCCCCGCAGAGCAACUCCCUCAGGCCUGGAAACGACAUUGUCAAGGAGCUCCGGGACACCAUCAAGUCUAUUCCCAGCGGUGGGACAACAUCAUUCUACACAUUCAACUCAUCCGACACAAGAUUUGUCUUCUACUUUAAGAUGGGCUCUGGGAUUGUUUUUGCGGUGAUUAGCGACAAGUACACCUCGUCGAAGCUGGCCUCUGGAUAUAUGGACCAGGUUGUGGAGAGCUUCAUGAAGAUAUAUACAGACAAUCCGAAGACAACAUACUACACCUUUGACCCGACGAUCAAGAUGCUUUCUGACAGGUUCAACAGAGACUCGAACUAUGCACAGGGAAUGGCGGUUGUUGAGGAGACCAAGGGGCUUCUGGCAGAGUCUCUGAACAUGAUCAUAAAGAGGGACGAGAACAUAAACAACCUGAAAGGCCUUGCCAGCAGGAUGACUGUUGAGGCACAGAUGAUGCAGAAGAACAUCCAGAGGAUGCAUCUGAAAAGCAUGCUGAACAACUACUGGGCUUACGUGGUGUUUGCUGUUCUGCUUGUUCUUUUUGUGUACUACAUAACCCAUUAA